AUGGUAAAUAUCACAUUACAUGUAGAAACAUAUAAUAUUUAUAUAUACAGACUUUCCAACUAAGAUAUACCUACCCCUAGAAUAUCUCUGAAGGUAAUAAAGAUAAUCAAGUUAUGUGUUUUGUAUAUUACUCUCAGGGUUAAUGACUACAAAUGUUUAAAUUUGAAUUAAAUUUUCUUUUUGGUAAAAACAUCAUAAAAACCACUUUAUUUCAUUAUUUUCAGAACAUUUCAAGAGAGCCAUGCUUUAGAGUUUGUUUUUCUAAAAAUUAAAAUAAACCACACAUUUAUAUCAAAAUAAUAGUUUCUAAGUAACAGCUGUUUACAAUUAUAUAAAAACCAUGUGAAAACCGAUGGUUUUUAGGGAAUAAAAUCGUUUAACAUUGAUUUACAUAGUCUUUAAUGGUAAUUUUAGUAACAUCGAAUUUCAUUUUUUAAUUUUAUAACUACUAAACAAAAAUCAAUUCAAAAUUAAAUAUCUGUAGUCUUCAUUUCUGUGAGUAAGUAAAAAAAAAAAAAUUUGAUUAUCUUUAUUAUCUCCGAAGAUAUUCAGGGGGUAUAACUUCGUGGGACAGUCUGUAAAUUGUUUAAUUUUUGAAUGAAGAAUUAGUAAUUUUUGAAUAUGCCAAUGAACUUAUCACAUUCGGUGUAUGGUGAUAAAGAUGGAAAUUGUGAUAAAAAAUAAUCAAGAAGGUUUUUUUUACUAUUAUUUUUUUAGUAAACGAAAAUGUUUUCUUUUUUUUAUUAUUUUAAAUACCUAUAGGUUCAACAAUUAUACUUAAAAAUUAAGAACAUUAUCUAUAAUUGUAUCGAAGAAAAGACAUGUAUCAUAGUAUUCUGUUUUAAUGAAUUUAUAAACAUUUACAUUGUAAAUUUAAGCUUGCUGGUGAUUUUAAUAGGCGUAUAGAAUUUUCUUCCUUAAGUGUCUUAUUUAAAGUUGAAUCAAUAAAAUAGUGCUCGAUUAAAAUGUCUUAACUUAAUUUCUAAAGAACAUUUUUUUUUUCAAAAAGGAUAUGCAGACUUUCCAUUUAUACUGGCUUAUAACGUUAGCAUAUGCAUCAGUUAAUAUAACUGGAAAUGUUUAUUUUCCAACGAGGAAGUUUGAUAGUGAAUGGUGGUCAAAUACAAUAAUAUAUCAAGCAUAUCCGAGAUCGUUUAAAGACAGUAAUAGGGAUGGUGUAGGUGAUUUAAAAGGUAAAAAUAUUCUUAAACGAUAAAACAGAUAUAGAUAAUAAAUAUAAAGGUAUAUUUUAAUAUAUUUUCAGGAAUAAUCCAGAAACUUGAUCAUUUCGUUGAUCUUGGUAUUGAAACGAUCUGGGUAGGUCCGAUAUUUAAAUCACCUAUGAUUGACAUGGGUUAUGAUGUGGAAAAUUUUACAUUGAUAGAUCCUCUUUUUGGUACAAUGGACGACUUUGACGAACUAGUGUCAGAAAUGGACAAAAGGAGUAAAUUUGAGUAAUAUGCAAUAUGUGUANAUGUGAAUGGUUUCAAAAAUCAAUCAAAAGAGAUGAAAAAUAUGAUAAAUAUUAUAUUUGGCAUGACGCUAAAAACCAAGAUGAAGUCUUAAGAAAUUCGUCUAUAAAGCCAAUACCUCCAAAUAAUUGGGUCAGUAAUAUUUAUUCAAUUAUAUAAUAUAGACAAUUAUAGUUUGUUUAAAAUACUAAUUCCAUUUAUGCCAUUUACCAUUCAAAUUAUAUGGUAGAGUAUGGCACAAGCUGUAUUAAAAAAGUUAAGUUAGUUCUUCAUGAACUUAAAAAAUAAUUAAUCCCUUAGCUUAGUCGAUUUGAGUCUAGUGCAUGGACUUGGAAUGAAGAGCGAAAACAAUUUUAUUUUCAUCAAUUUAAUCCACAACAACCGGACUUCAACGUUAGAAAUCCCCAAGUGCAUUUAGAAUUUUUUGUAUGUACACCAUUAAAUCAUAUUCGUAUAUUUGUCAAUGAAAAUUUAUAUUUGAGUUAAUGAUAUUAUUUUUUUAGAAUAUAAUGGGAUUUUGGUUGGACAGAGGUGUAUCUGGAUUUCGAUUUGAUGCUGUUGGAUAUUUAUAUGAAAAUAAUUCAUUUACCGAUGAACCAAUUAUUCCGGGUAAAGAAGGUUCCAGUUAUAACGAUUUAAAUCAUAUAUACACAAAAAAUCAACCUGAAGUUAUUGACACUCUUAUACAAUGGAGGAAAUAUGCCGAGGAUUUUCGUAAAAAGAAUAAUAAGAAAAAUUCUGUGUAAGUAUUAAAAUAAUAUACAAAAUCAAAUAAAUUAUUUUGUAUUUAAAUAACUAUUUAUUUAACUAGUUAUUAAAUUAAAUUAAAUAACUAAAACCUUUGUCUAAAAUUAUAGACACAUCGGUUUAUAAUGACUUAAAAAUAAUUAAUCAAUCACAUUCUAGUUAUUUACCAAAUUUUCACUACAAUCGUUUCUACUCAUAUUUUAUGUAAAUUAUAAAUUGCAUUUUUAAUGAUAUACAAGGUAACUUAUGACUUUAUAACUAUUACAAUAUCUCCGGAUUUAAUAAAUAUUACAAAAUUAUAUUUUUUUUUAUUAUUAUUAUUAUUAUUAUUAUUAUUAUUUACAAUGAUGUGGGUCUACAAAUGUUUAUAUUUGAUUUAGUUUUGGUAAAAAAAAUUAAAAAUAACUUUUUAUUUAUUUAUUUUAUAAAAGUUUGAAGAUAGCCAUUUCACAGAGUUUAUUCUUCUGAAUAAAUUUUAAUAUUCUAACUUUUUAUUUUCAUUGAAUUUAAGAUAUCUAAUAAUUGUUUAAAGCAAGGGUGUUUUAAGUACACGCCCCAUACUAUUUUAUAAUUUCACGCCUCCCUUUCUCACCACAAUAAGAUUAAAGUAUGUUAAAUAUAUUUAUAAAAAGACAUCCUAGGAUAAUGGAACUUGUGCAGCCACUAUUGUGGGUAAUUUAAUGUAUACAUGUAAGCAACGGUAAACUAUUGCUUACGAAAACAAAAUUGUGAGUGGAAUUUAGUUGAUAGUGAUGCUUUUUCAACAAUAUAUAUGCCAUACUAAAGUAAAAUAAUUAAGUAGGCUCUAUAUAUUUUCUUUAAUAAUAAUUAUUUUAUGUUGUACCAAUUUUCCCGGUUAUCCUAGUUUUUCAAAUUUGCUGAGAAAACUCCAGGGAAAAUGGAAAAAACGAUCUCUUUAAAGGACCUCCCCAAUGAAAUUUUUUUCACAAAAAUUGUUGUAAUUGAGAGUUGGUGCAACAUUUUCGGGAAAAAAGUUGUCCACAGAAAAAAAAAUCCAAAUAUUAUAUUUAUGAUACUUCGUAAAGUUUUCCGUUUUUUUUUUCGGUUUUUCAAAUUUGACGAGAGAAGAUUGAGAUCCACUGGUUAAAAAUUCAGAGAAAAAAAGUAAACAGUCAAUUACCCAUAAUAAAAAAAUAAUAAUGCGCAAAUGCGCUGAAAGCCUGCAGAAUAAUAUUAAAAAGUAGUAGGAAUAAUAAUUAAUGCAAAACAAUUAUAAUAAUUAUGGCUAAUAUUGACUGUACAUUUUUUUCGUUGAAAUUUAAAAAUUAUAAAAACCAUAAAUUUAACGAUACUAAAAAGUUAAAACGUCAUAUUGUUCGGAAGAAUAAACUCUAUAAAAUUACCAUCUUAAAAUUUGUCGACAAGUAAAAAAAAGUUAUUUUGAAAAUUUCGUUUAUCAGUCAAAACAUAAAUAUUUAAUGCAAAUGCCAAUAUUUGUAUUCCUUAUCCCUGUAUGUAAUAUAUCUUCUUCUUUGGUACUCUCAGCAUUUAGGACCACCUUGACAUACAUCUUUGCCUCCAGUUCUCUAUUUGAUACUUGUAUUUUCCAGUCUAAAUCAUUUAACAUUUGCUCAUCCUACAUCCUACUUACUAAAUUCUACUUACUACAUCCUCCCAUUACAGGCGUAGCCUUCCCAGCGGGCUUUUCCCAAUAGAGUUUUCUUCUAUUAAUAUGCGUAUAUGUGGAUUUUAAGUUACGCCAAGCAUGUUCAGCUUAUUGUAAUCUUUUUUUAUUCACUGUUUUCAGUAUAUUAGGUUUAUGGAAAAGCGUUUCUAAUUCAUUGUAAUGUAUAUACCGGAUGUCCUUCGAAUGUGUUCGACGGAUUUCUCUAGCACUGUUAAUAUUUAAUUUAAUUUUGAUUUUUUUUCAAUCGGUUUUUCUUCGUAGAAAACAUCGAUUUGUAAAAAAUUGUAUUUUUAUUAUCAUCCCCCGAACAUCAAAAAAUGUUUAUUUUAAAUUAUACAUUCACAUCCGAGGUAUAGUCUCUUAAUUAUAGCCUUAUUAAUUUCUAAAAGAUAAGGAUGAAAACAUUUAAUAUUCAAUAGAAAGUAAUGAAUUACCGUGCUGAUAUUCCAUAUCGCAUAACUAGUAUUUUAUUGAGUAUUAAUUGUUUUUGCAUACCUAAUUAAAACGGCUGGAACUAAGAAACUAUUCAUCGGACAUGAAUGUGUGAUACACAUUCAGAAUUAAAAUUCUUUAUAUAAUAUUUUUCAUAAAAUAGCUAUUUCGAAAAUUUUUAUUAGUGAAGUUAUUAAAUAAAGUUAUUUAUUUAUUUUUUUUAUUUUAGAAAAUGAAUAUCCAAAUUUAAUUUUUCUCCAAAUUGAUAUCCCUCUUAAAGAUAAACCGAUUAAAAAAAAAAAAAAAAUCAAAAAAACAUGUAAAUUUAACAGUGCCGGAAAAUUCCGUUGAUAACUGUAAAUAAAAAAAAAACAAAACCAGAAUUUGAUUAUAUUUAUUAUCUUCGGAGAUAUUAUAAUGUAUAUAUCUCCUUGAGGUAAGCUGUAUGGCUCCAUGCCUGCGUUAUACUUAGGUCGUAACUAUUUCGAGAAAUUAACAUCUCAAAGAAAAGUCGUCCAAUUCAUACAAUAAAAACUGUUCUUACUUUAUAAAAUACAAUAAUAUUUUACGAAAAAUGUUAUUUUUUAUAAAAUAUUUUUUCCAACUUGAUAUCAAAUUAGUAAUAGAAAUAAAUCUCUACUGAGUCUUGUGAUGGACAAAUAAAUAAAUUUUUGUUUAACUUAGAAGCAACAAUUUUCAUCAUAAAUAAUUCAAUCUCAAUAAUCGUCUGCGCUUUUAGUAGAUGUAUACCAAUAACAUUUGCGUGUACAAUUUUUGAUAAACAAUCAUAAAUGUAGUUUUAAAAGUAAAUAAAUUAAAUAAUUGAGACUUUUCAUAAAAAAAAUCGAUUAAUAUCAUAUGGUUUUAAUAAAAGUACCUAUACUUAACCAUAUCUCUAAAUAAAUCUGAAGUGUAAAUAUAAAAUUAGAAGACAUUCUUGAUUAUAUUCUCUAGUAUUGAAUUAAAUACGAUGAAUACUUUUAAGUUGUAUGAGUUGAAUAUUUUACAUACUAUUGAUUGGUUGUCUGAAUCGAGUCCCUUUAUCUUAUGAGCGCUAUUUAAUAUACACCUCGUGGAAGUUGGGUGUUCAUAGUUUCUGAAAAAAGUAUCUAUGCUUAUUUAUAGUGUUCAUAACGUUUAAAAAACUGUAAUUUUUUUUAAAUUUUAAAUAAUAAAUAAUAAUUGUGUUAACAUUUUAACAGUUACUGGUAAAAAUUGAAAAGAUAUUGAUUGUCUAUAGUCGUCUGCAAAUUUGAUCAUUUAUCAUAAAAAUUAUUCCUAUUCUAAUGUUUUUUUACAUAUUUUUGACGCUUUGCUUGCCUAUUGUAUUUAUGAAUCUAAUUGUGUGCAUUAUGUGUGCAUGUAAUGGUAUCGGCAAGAAUAAAAAUAUGUCAAAAUCCUGAGUGAAACAAUGUAUUUAAUUUGGCAUGAAAACUUUCAUAACUGUUAGUUGUCCGAUUACGAAGAACAGACGAAACAGCUGUUCAACGUACUUUGAACGAGUAAAGUAUACCACCAAGCCAUUGACGAAUAUGUACCGAAUAAGUACCUUUUCCGCUAUGUAUCCGAUAUUAUAAUAAUAUGCUAAUAUGCGAAUGUUUGAUGUUGACCAACGUCAACUGCCCAAACAUUCCGAUCCACUAGAGAACGACCGAAAACACUCGUCCGUCACUGUGCAUGUAGCUACACACGCGCCACGCAGGACGUCCAGUAGCAGAGGUGAGAAAAAAGGGUCCUCGCUAUACUCGUAAACGUCAAUAUUGACACGUGAGUUCAGGUCAUUCUCUCGUGGACCGGAGUAAAGUUAUGAAUUCUUAUCUAUCGGACCUAACACAACGGUAUUAACACAAUAAACCACACUAAAUUCAAUCAAAUACAAGUAACGUGGGUUCAAUUUAAUGCUAUCUAUUAUAUUUAAAUAUAAUUUUCCAUUUUCAAGGUAAUUAAAUUAUUUAUAACAAAUUAAAUACGUAUUUAUUUUAAAGGUUGAUAGCUACUGAAUCAUAUACGUCAAUAAAUACAUUGAUGCAAUACUAUGGCAAUAUCACUAAUCCUGGAGCACAAAUUCCAUUCAAUUUUCAACUUUUAGGCAUGGAUAGAAACAAUUUAUUGGAACAAACAGAACAAGGUAUUAAAAAAUGGAUUGAAAAUAUACCGGAAAACAUGGUGCCGAAUUGGGUGGUAAGAAUUACAAAUUAUCACAAAACGUAUAAUUCAGUAUUGUAUUUGGUACACAGAAGGAUUUCGAUGUAUCAUAUGUCCAUCUAAUUUCAAACAUAUUAAACCCUAAAAUAUAGAUAGAAAAUCACGACCUUUUUAGAAUGUCGUUUUACUACGGUGCAGAAUUCAUACAGCUAUUUACAGUUUUAAAAUUGGCUCUUCCUGGUGUUGACGUGACAUAUUAUGGAAGUGAAAUUGGCAUGGAUAAUACUUAUAUGAGACCGGACCAAAUAAAAGAUAUUUAUAGUUUGAAAUUAUAUAAAUCUUUCGGAAUAGCAGGACUGACUAGGGAUGUCUCUAGGAGUCCUAUGCAAUGGGAUGAUUCAAUAAAUGCAGGUUAGUUUGUAUUUUGUAUUCUGCUAAGGAAAAAAUAGUAGAUUUUGGUUCAAUAGUAAUAGCGUACUUAAUAUGACAUAAUAUACAUACAAUUUAGAUGGCGACACGAUAAAAGGGUCUAAACGACACAAUUUGUCAGGAGAGUCAAAACACAUUGUGAUUUUAACAUUUUUUUUUUUUUUCUUAGGUUGGCAAUAAUUUUUUUUCAUAGGGAAUAUUUUCAUUGAAUAAUUUUGUUUUGCUUGUACGUUUGUGAAAAUAAUACACAUUGUUGCUUUGCUUUUAUUGUUGUUUAAUCCCUUAAAUUGAGAAAAUAAAAUAAUAAGUAUCGUGUUUAUACCCUAAACUUAAAAUUUAACUUAUUCGUUAAAUAAUGGUCAGUUAUUUUUACUCACACGUAAUGGAUGAAACACAUAUUUCUCCAUCCAAUGGUGAAGCCGCGUCACUUAGGCUCUUUUGCCAUAUCAUCAUCAAUAUUAUGCAUUAAUUAUGCCCAAUUUCACAAUUGAUACGUUUAUUUAUACACAAGCAUAUACAUAUCGUAUAUAUAGCCUGUGCUAGAAAUUAUUAAUUGCAUUCCACUUUACGUAAAAUAAAUAUAAUUUACUAUAAUUUCUGACUAGAAAUUAAUCUUUGACUGGUGGGGAGUAUAUUCUCCCUUAGCACUGGCUAUAAUAUUUAUAAAGUUUUUGAUUGCAUAGAAAUAUAGAAAGUUUUCAAAAAAAACUUUAUUUAUCUUGCUAUUAACUAUACUAGCAAUAGCUGGGUAGAAUACUACCCAGUUCUAUAGACAGAAAACUGUUCUGGGGAGGAGGGAGGUUCUUAAUUUGUAUUUUUCAAUUUUUGUUAGAUUAGAAUAAUUUUAUCACUCUUCCUUUUAGGACACCCUUAUUCCUUUAUCAUUUAUUAUUUAAACCCUUUUAGUUUUACAACGUAAAGUUAAAACAGAAUUUGGAGCUUUGUAGGAGACUAUAAAUCAUUAAUUGCAAGAAGGGGACAUGUAACUAAAACUUAAUUUUACAGAGGGGACAACAAUUUGUUUAAGCAAAAUUGAGAAGCAGGAAACUUGCUCCAAAGUACCUAUAGACUGUAGCAUCUUUUCUAAAAAGUGAUUUUUCCGAGUUAGUAUACUGAAAAAAUCAUUUUUCGAUUUUCAAAGGGGUUUUCGAAAUAUCGGGAAAACUCCGAAAGAAAAGUAAAGGUAAAACGUCAAAAUAUUUACAGCUUACCGCUGCGUUACCGUUAUCAACGAAAUGUUCGAUUUUUUUUCAAAUUACGGCAAAACGAUUUGAUUAUUUUACAUUUUUAUGGGUUACGUUUUCUACCAUAAAUAUUGCUCCAAUCAGGAGGCUUUUUCAUUAAAAAUUAAAUUUAAAUUCUGUUGGUUCAAAAAAUUACAAAAUACCUUAAAUUUACUUUUUUACAGUAUUAUCGUCAAAACAUUUGAUCCACUUUUGAGCUUUUAAAGAAUUUUAAUUUUUGGUAGUUAUUUUGCUAUAAUUCGGUUAUAAAUACACGUAGAAGCUUGAAACUUGGCAAUAUUAUUUAUAUUGGACUUACCUUGAUGUAGUAAAAUUUCCAAAAUCAUCGAACGCCUUUUUUCAAUAUUCGUUUUGAAAUUAAAUUUAAAUGAAAAUCGAAAAAAAAAUUACGGCCUUUCAAAUUAUUUAUUACUAAACUGCGCUCGGAAUCGUCUAUCGUCAAGCAAUAGAUUAUCGUUGAUUACAGUUAUAAAUGAAAUAACCUUAUGUAUCCUAGAUUCCCAACUUCUCACCUACAACAGUAGCAGUUCCCAUACACAGUAUCAGCUCUUUUUAUUUUAAAUCAUUUAUAUUGCUGAUUAAAAAACGAUGAUGAAGAAUUGAUUGGACUGAUUGAGUUUCAAAAUUAUAGCUUUAUGAAGUUCUAACAUUAUAUGGAUAUUAUAUUAUGUAGUGUGUUAAAUAACUCAAUAUUGUCAUUAUUAUCAUAUUAUAUCUGUCGUAGUCUUAUGCUGGUAAGUACAUGUUAUGUAAAAUUACAAUGGGUAAGUAAUAGGAAAAAACAAAUGCCUUUUUUUUCAAAAAAAAUAAAAUUAAGUGUAAUGCGUUUAUUUUUGUUUACAAGAAUUUAAAAAUCAUACAUCGAUGAACAUUAUAAAUAUUAAGGCCUUUCAAAAUAUGUUUAAUCGAACUCCGAUCCGUAUCCUAUUUCGGUAUCAAUGGUUUGUCUUGGUUACAGAUAUUAAUUAAGUAAUUUUAUGUAUCACACCUUGCACACUACCCACCUGCUACACUAGACGCACACGCCCCCAGUUUCAGCUUAUGUUUAUAUUAUGAUUUAAUCUUUAGUUCAAUUAUUACCUUAUCACAAAUUUACUCAUGGGAAAUAUAUCAAUACCAUUUAAACAAUAAAGUCAUAAUUGCUGGUAAUAUACUGGAUAAUUAUUCUAUUUAUAAAAUACGGUGUUUAAUUGAUAUACAGGUUUUACUGAUGCUAAAUCACCAUGGUUACCUGUGAAUCCAAAUUAUUACCACCUUAAUGUCGAAGCACAGAAAAAAAUACCAACAAGUCAUUAUAAUNAAAUAUAUCAAUACCAUUUAAACAAUAAAGUCAUAAUUUCUGGUAAUAUACUGGAUAAUUAUUCUAUUUAUAAAAUACGGUGUUUAAUUGAUAUACAGGUUUUACUGAUGCUAAAUUACCAUGGUUACCUGUGAAUCCAAAUUAUUACCACCUUAAUGUCGAAGCACAGAAAAAAAUACCAACAAGUCAUUAUAAUGUGUACAAAAAAAUGUCCCAAUUACGGAAGACUGAUACUCUAAAAUACGGCGAUUUACAAACAUACAAUAUUUCAAAAUCUAUCUAUAUAAUAAAGAGGUAA